CUGAACGAGUCAUUUUCCCACCUCUCGGCAGUUGCUCACGGUUUGCAAGGUGCAAAGUGGUUUUGCUCAAGAGUGUUUCUGGCGAAAAGGAUUAAUCCGGAGAGGAUAUUUCCCAGUGAAGUGACGUUAGUGUGGAACACAGUGUUUUGAGGAUCGCGGUGAAGAAAUGGCGGGAAAAGGACAAGGACAGGGUGAAAAUGCGGCAAAGCUUGAGGGCCAGAUUGCCUGCAUCAAGUAUACGAUCUUCUGCUUCAAUAUCUGCGCAUGGAUGGUGGCUGCCGCCCUCUUCGCGCUCACUGUGUGGAUAAGAGCUGAGCCUGGAUUUGCGGAUUGGGUGGACAUCCUAGAGAUUCAUGCUUACUACAUUGGAAUCUACAUUCUCAUUGGCAUGAGCAUUAUUGUCAUGGUUUCGUCCUUCCUCGGCUGCUGCAGUGCUCUCAUGGAACACACCGUCGCUCUAUUCUUGUUCAUCGGUACACAAGGUUUCUGCUUCUUGAUCGGCACUGUUGGAGCCGCAGUCCUGCUCAGCUUCAGUACAAUAGGAUCACACAUCCAGCCCAUGAUCUAUGACACCAUCACUCGCCUUAUUAUGGCCUCAUCCCACCACCAACCCUCAGCUGACAUUCUGAAAAUGAUCCAGGAAUCCCUUGGAUGCUGCGGAGCUGACGGCCCCAAUGACUACAUCAUCCUGAAGCAUCCGCUGCCCAGGGAGUGCAGAGACACCGUCACCGGCAAUGCCUUCUUCCACGGCUGCGUGGACGAGCUCACGUGGUAUCUGGAGGACAAGUCAGGUUGGGUGGCCGGCCUGGCCAUGGCUCUGGCGUUGAUGCACGUAAUCAACGGUGUGAUGAGUUUGGUGCUUGUGCAGGCGCUCAAGAAGGAGGAGGACGAAGCUCGCACGUACAGACACUAAGUCUCUUCAGCCUGCCUUUCACAUAAAUUUAGCUUAUCAGAACAUCAUUUUUACCGUACAAUCGUUCCGCGGAAGAUCAUAGCUGACCGUUGAUUCAUGACACACAGAAACAUUAUGAUUUCAUGCUUUUGUAUACUUCUGGGCGAAUAAAGAUCACAUUUUAAGACACCGAUAAGGAAUAUUGUGAUUUUUGUACACCCAAAUAUAUUAAUAUUAGAACAUAGUGCAAUAAAAGUAAGCUCCACGUAGUCAGAAUUUUGACUAAUUCAUGUUAGAAAAUAAAAAUGAAAAAUAGUGUUUGAGGCUUUUACGACACGAUAUCUGCGUGUAAUAAAA